AUGACGGACAUGCAAGUUGACACACCUCCCAUCGGAUCUAUAGAUGAGGGUUUGUACUCCAGACAGUUGUAUGUUUUGGGAAAGGAAGCGAUGUUGAAAAUGCAAAAUGCAAAUGUAUUAAUAAUCGGAUUGAAGGGGUUAGGUAUCGAAAUCGCUAAGAACAUCGCAUUGGCCGGUGUCAAGUCUUUGGCAUUAUACGAUCCUACCACCAUCGAGAUACAACAUUUGUCAAGUCAGUUUUUCUUAUCGGAAAAGGAUAUCGGUAAGCAAAUUGAUGAAGUUUCUUCUAUCAAGUUGAGUGAAUUGAAUCAGUAUGUUCCCAUCUCAAUAUUGCCUGAUCUUGCGGAGUCUAACUUGUCUCAAUUCAAGUGUAUUGUUGUGACUGAUUUGUUAAGUUUGGAAGACCAGGUGAAGUUGAACGAGUUCACCCACAGUCACGAUAUUGGGUAUAUUCAAGCUAACAUAAAGGGGUUGUUUGGUCAAUUGUUCGUGGACUUGGGUGACCAUUUCACCGUUAUUGACCAAGACGGAGAAGAACCUUUAACCGGAAUAGUUUCUGACAUUGAAAAGAAUGGAACUGUGACCAUGUUGGAUGACAGCAGACACGGUUUACAAGAUGGUGAUUACGUGAAGUUCAAAGAAGUUGAAGGCAUGCCCAAGUUGAACGAGAGUGAAAAACCUUUCAAGAUUGAAGUGUUAGGUCCUUAUGCUUACAAAAUUGGAAUUGAUGAAUCCUAUGGAACUUAUGUCAAAGGUGGUAUUUACCAACAAGUGAAGAUGCCCAAAACCUUAAAGUUUGACAAGUUGGUGGAUCAAUUAAAGAAACCUUCCUUCUCUGUGAGUGACUUCGCCAAGUUUGACAGGCUCAAUACCUAUCACUAUGGAUUCCAGGCUUUGGCCGGCUUUCAAGUUAAAAACAAUGGUAAGUUGCCUCGUCCUUACAAUAAGGAAGAUUUCAACGAAUUGUUAACCUACGCCCAACAAAUCAGAACUUCUCUGCCAGUACCUGAUGAUGAAGGUGACUUGGAUGAAGCUUUAAUUGAAGAAUUGUCUUACCAGGCCAGAGGUGAUGCUCCCGGUGUCAAUACCUUCUUUGGUGGAUUGAUUGCUCAAGAAGUCUUGAAGUGUGUGUCCUCAAAGUUCAGUCCUAUGCAACAAUGGCUCUACUUUGACUCUCUAGAGAGUUUACCAAAUGUGAAGCAUUACCCCAGAAACGAAGAAGUUACUAAGCCAUUGGGUACUAGAUAUGAUAAUCAGGUUGCGUUAUUUGGUAAAGAUUUUGUUGAAGCUGUUCAAAACUUGAGAGUUUUCUUGGUUGGGUCUGGAGCGAUUGGAUGUGAAAUGUUGAAGAACUGGGCAAUGAUGGGUUUAGGCUCUGGUCCAAAUGGUAAGAUCAUCGUCACUGAUAAUGAUUCCAUUGAGAAGUCAAACUUGAACCGUCAAUUCUUGUUCAGACCAAAGGAUGUUGGUAAGUUUAAAUCUGAAGUUGCAAAAGCUGCAGUGGAAGCCAUGAACCCUCAGUUGGUUGGAAAGAUAGAAGCCUCUUUGGAAAAGGUUGGUUCUGAUACAGAACACAUCUUCGGUGAUAAAUUUUGGAACGACUUAGACUUGGUUACCAACGCUUUGGAUAACGUUGAAGCCAGAACAUACAUAGAUCGUCGUUGUAUCUUCUACAAGAAGCCAUUGUUGGAAUCAGGAACAUUAGGAACUAAAGGUAACACUCAAGUGGUUAUUCCAAACUUGACAGAAUCCUAUUCUUCUUCUCAAGACCCACCUGAAAAGUCUAUUCCAUUAUGUACGUUGAGAUCUUUCCCAAACAAAAUUGACCAUACUAUUGCCUGGGCCAAAUCUUUAUUCCAAGGCUACUUCCUUGAAAGUCCUGAAAGUGUCAAUUUAUAUUUGAGCCAACCAAACUAUGUUGAACAAACCUUGAAACAAAACCCAGACAUCAAAGGAACUUUGGAGAACAUUUCAGAGUACUUGAACAAGAGACCGUACACCUUUGAUGACUGCGUCAAAUGGGCCAGAGCUCAAUUUGAACUCAAAUUCAACCAUGAUAUUCAACAAUUGUUGUACAACUUUCCUAAAGAUGCUAAAACUUCAAAUGGUGGAAAUUUCUGGUCUGGACCCAAGAGAGCUCCAGAUGCUUUGGUGUUCGAUAUCAACAAUAAGAAUCACUACGACUUUAUUGCUGGUGGUGCUAACUUGUUGGCAUAUGUGUAUGGUUUGAAGCCAUCAAACGAAGACUUAGAUUACUAUACUAAGGUUUUAAGUGAAACAAAGAUUGAACCAUUUGCUCCAAAGACUGGAGUGGCGAUUGCUGCCAACGAUAAUGAAGCUGAAGAACAAAUGAAAAACAUGAACAACACCGUUGAUGAUGAUUCUUUAAAGAAGAUUGCUGCUUCAUUGCCGGAACCAAGUACUUUAGCUGGUUACAGAUUGAACCCAAUCGAAUUUGAAAAAGAUGAUGACACUAAUCACCACAUCCAGUUCAUUACAGCAGCUUCUAACUGUAGAGCUGAAAACUACUCCAUUGAACCGGUUGAUUACUCUAAGACCAAAUUUAUUGCCGGUAAGAUUAUUCCUGCUAUUGCUACUACCACUGCUUUGGUCACCGGGUUGGUUUGUUUAGAGUUAUACAAAGUCUUGGACAAAUCAAAGUCCAUUGAAGACUUUAAGAAUGGGUUUAUCAACUUGGCCUUACCUUUCAUUGGUUUCAGUGAGCCAAUCAAAUCACAAAAGGGUAAGUAUAAUGACACCGAGUUUGACCAGAUUUGGGACAGAUUUGAGCUUACUGGGCAUCUCACAUUGCAAGAGUUACUCGAUCAUUUUGAGAAGAAUGAAGGGUUAGAAAUCACCAUGUUGUCUUAUGGAGUCUCCUUAUUGUAUGCUUCUUUCUUCCCUCCUAAAAAGAUCAAAGAAAGGUCUUCAAUGAAAUUGACUGACCUCAUCAAGGAAAUCAGCAAGAAAGAUAUUCCAGAACAUGUUUCUACCUUGAUUUUUGAAGUCUGCUGUGACGACCAAAGUGGAGAAGAUGUUGAAGUUCCAUAUAUUUGUGUUAAGUUGAAUUAA